AAGUGAACACCAAAUAAACGCCCUUAUAUCUUAAAUAGAAAUCAUGAGACAAGCUAGUAAAGGGCACCCACUAAACUCUUCUAACAUUCAACUUUCUUUAAAAAAAUAAAAUUUCCUUACACUGAAAAUUGCAAUUUGCAAAAGUAAGUUAACAUUCUUAUACUCCACGCCAUAGUUGACGAGAUCCAAUUUCAGUGAGCUCUGCACUUUCUCCCAUUAUUCUUCGGAUCCCUAAUUUCUCCAUCAUUUUCCCCCAUUUUAUCAUCCUCUCGCUCCAAUUUCUUCAUCAAUCGCCGAUCACCUUCUUCCUUCUUAACAGUGCCGGAAAUUCGCAAAUCAUUGAUUGAAACGCUGAAAAGUGGUCGAAAUUUUGAAGAUUCUAGGGUUAGGAGUGGGUUUAGGUGCAAUUGCACUGCAUAAAAUUUCCGAUAUUUAUCUAUGUUUGGGGGACUUGUGAAUGCUAAUAGUCCCCAUCUCCGGAAAUCUGGCAGUAGACCUGUUUUUGGUGAAUUGGGUGAAAGCAGUGAAGAAUCUCUUUUACAUUCAUCUGGGGUUAAUGAAAUGAAGGGUAUAAAUUUAACAUCUCCGUUGAGUGGCGGGGUGAUCAUGCCAUCACCCACUUUCUUGUGGAGAUUUAAGGUAUUGCUGUUUUUCAUCUGGGGGUUCUGCUGUUGCAAGAUUGGAUGGCAUUCUGUUAUGCGAAUGAGCGCUGAUCUGAGAGAUCUCUUUUUGUAUGAGGCAUUUCUAUACUACAAUCCUCUUCUGCUCGUGACUUUGAUGGUUUGGUUUUGGGGGAUAAAUUUAUGGGUCUUUUCUCAGGCUAAUGUCAAUUAUGCAAAAAUAUUUGACCUUGAUCAAAAUCAUCUUACUCACAGAGAAAUAUGGAAGUGUGCCACUUGGAUGACCAUCAUAGUUCCAACCAGCAUGACAGCAUACCUUUAUCUGUACUCAGAUGGAGAAGUGUCAUUAGCAGCAUCUCAACCAGUUCUUUUGUACGUUGCUGCUCUUAUGCUUUUGAUAUCCCCUUUUGACAUUUUUUACUUAUCGUCACGGUACUACCUGUUGAGAACUCUUUGGAGGAUAGUUCUUCCAUUGCAGGCGAUAACCUUUUCGGACUUCUUCUUGGCUGAUAUCUUGACGUCCAUGUCUAAGGUAUUGUCAGACUUGGAGCGUUCAGUCUGUCGCAUGGUCCAUCGUCAGGUUGCUACUAUUGCAUGGUUUGAAGCUGAUUCUGUAUGUGGAAGUCACUCUGUUGCAAUUCCAGUGGUUCUUGUUCUACCAUAUAUUUUUCGGCUAUUGCAAUGCCUUCGUCAAUACAAGGACACUGGAGAGAAAUCAAGCCUUUUGAAUGCUCUAAAAUAUUCCACAGCAGUACCUGUUAUCUUCCUUUCAGCACUCAAAUAUCAUGUGUUCCCAGAUAAGUGGACAAGCAUAUAUCGGCCACUCUGGUUGAUGUCAAGUCUUUUGAAUUCUAUGUAUUCCUUUUACUGGGAUAUUACGCGAGAUUGGGAUAUGAGCUGUUUCACUCGGAUUUUCAAGUUUGGGAGGCCUCAUAUUUGCUCAUACCUUCUGCAUGGACGGACUUGGGUUUAUUGCUGGGUGAUUGGAAGCAAUUUGAUUAUGCGAUGUACUUGGACGUACAAGCUUUCUGCCCAUCUCCGACAUAAUUACCUUACUGUUUUUGCUAUUACUGCUCUGGAGAUUUUCCGUCGUUUUCAAUGGGUUUUCUUUCGUGUGGAAAAUGAGUGGAAUAAAAUGAGUGCAAAAUCACACAUUCAGUUAUCGGAAAGUGACGAUCCAAGUGAGGAUUCUAAAUUACUGGACUCUGGGAACUAUAGUGUAUGAAAUACUGGACAGAAAUUUCACUUUUCUAUAGUUUUAUGUUUAUUUAAUUUUUCAGGAAACAAAUCUCUAGAGGUGUAUAUUCAUCUGAAUUUUGACCCAUUCUUUAUAAAAAAAAAAAUGAGAUUAUUUUCGUGCA